GGCUGCAGAAGCGGAUCUCGGGCCGGUGGUGGGAGGAGAAAGUCGCGCCGGGCGGUUUUAUAUACGGCGGGGCGGCGGCGGAGCGCCGUGUGCUGCCCGGAGCCAUGCGGGGCCGGGGGCUGCUCUGCGGUAUCGCACUCUCGCUGCUGCUACGGCCGCCCCCGGGAGGGGUCGUCGCCGGCUCGGAGCCGCAGCCCGAGGUGGUGGUGCCGCGCUGGGCAGCCCCGGGGAGCCCCAGCAGCGAGAAGCAUCCAUUCAGAGCUGAACUUACAGUAAAGGCAGAAGGCCAGGAGCUCAUCUUGGAACUGGAGAAAAAUGGAAACCUCUUCACCCCAGGCUACACAGAGACUCAUUACAGCCAGACUGGACAGACCCAGACCAUCCCUCUGGCCCACACGGAGCACUGCUUCUACCACGGGGUCGUGCGGGGCCAGGAGCACUCCAGUGUCAUGCUUAGCACCUGCCGAGGGCUGCGAGGACUUAUCAUGCUAAACAGCAAUUCCAGCUAUAUCUUAGAACCAGCUCCUGACAGCCCAGACCAGCACUUAAUUUACAGGCUGGACAACCUGAGGUUGCAGGGAGGAGCCUGUGGCUACCAGGGCACUGGGGAUGCAGCUGAAGACUGGCUCAGGGACUUCACAACUGGGAUGAAACCACCUCAUCAGCGGGUGAAACGGGAGACUCUGCAGGCUACGAAGUAUGUGGAGCUUCUGCUUGUGGCUGAUUAUGCAGAGUUUCAGAAGCACCACUUCAACAUUGAAGCAACAAGGCUUAAAUUACUGGAGGCUGCUAAUUACGUAGAUAAGUUUUACAGAUCUUUGAAUAUCAGGAUUGCCUUGGUGGGGCUGGAGAUCUGGAGUAACUGGAAUAAAUGUGAUGUAAGUGAGAAUCCCUACUCCACCCUGAAGUCCUUUCUGGCCUGGAGCAGUAAGGAGCGGGCGUACAGGAAGCACGAUAAUGCUCAGCUAAUCACGGGUGUGCCCUUCCAAGGUACCACAGUAGGUUUGGCUCCUGUGAUGGCCAUGUGCUCUGAUUUCCAGUCAGGAGGAGUAAACAUGGAUCACUCUGAUAAUGCCAUUGGUGUUGCUGCUACCAUUGCCCAUGAGAUGGGACACAAUUUUGGCAUGAAUCAUGAUUCAGCUGGCUGCUGUACUACUCCUGCAGCAGAUGGAGGCUGCAUCAUGGCUUCUGCAACUGGGCACCCGUUCCCCAAGGUGUUCAACCAGUGCAACAGAAAAGAGCUGGAGAAGUAUCUGCAGUCUGGUGGAGGAAUGUGUCUGUCCAAUAUGCCAGAUACCAAAAAGAUGUAUGGUGGGAAGAAAUGUGGGAAUGGCUACUUGGAAGAAGGAGAAGAGUGUGACUGUGGAGAGGUGGAGGAGUGCAAAAACCCCUGCUGUGAUGCUAGCACCUGCUCCCUGAAGCUGGGUGCUGAGUGUGCCCAUGGCAGCUGCUGCCAUCAGUGCAAGCUGAUGUCUCCAGGAACUCUCUGCAGGGAAAGAUCAGGACUCUGUGACCUCCCAGAAUACUGCACUGGCGAGUCACCAUUUUGCCCUCUCAAUUCUUACCUAAUUGAUGGGGCUUCCUGCGAUGGAGGAAGGGCCUAUUGCUACAGUGGCAUGUGCCUCACAUACCAAGACCAGUGUGUGCAGCUCUGGGGGCCUGGAGCAAGGCCAGCACCAGAUGCCUGCUUUGAGAAGGUUAAUGCUGCUGGAGACAUCUAUGGGAACUGCGGGAAGGACAUCUAUGGCAGCUACAAGAAGUGUGAGAUGAGAGAUGCUAAAUGUGGGAAGAUCCAGUGCCAGAGCUCUGCUUCCAAACCCCUGCAGUCCAACGCGGUGGCCAUUGACACAACCAUCCGCACACAGAGGAUGCAGCUGAGGUGCCGAGGGACCCAUGUGUACAGAUCUGAGAGUGAAGAGAAGGAGAUGCUGGAUCCUGGCCUGGUGUUGACUGGAACAAAAUGUGGGAGCCAUCAUGUUUGCUUUGAGGGACGCUGCCAGAACACCUCCAACAUCUUUGAUUCUGAGAGCUGUAGUAAGAAGUGCCAUGGCAAUGGAGUCUGCAAUAACAACAAGAACUGCCACUGCAACCAGGGGUGGGCCCCCCCAUUUUGCAACAAGCAGGGUAGGGGAGGAAGCCUGGACAGUGGUCCUCCCAUGCCUGAAGGUCCUUCAGCAGUUGUGAUAACUCUUGCAAUCCUGGCUCCCAUUCUCCUUCUCAUUGGAAUCCUGUUUUUAUUCUAUUAUUUCAAGUGCUGGAAUAAACUUGCCAUCUGUUCUCUAAAGAAAACCCCACAAUUCAGUGACACAUCUGGAAAUGGGCAUGCAAACCCUGCCUUCAAGUUGAAAACUCCCCAGCAGCAGAGGAAGGUGAUUGGCUUCCCUGAAAUCCCAUCAAAACCUCCUCCUCAGCAACCUCCAGGGCUCCAAACGAACACACAGAAGCCAUCCACCUUCUCCACUAGCUACAGCUGUGGUGUGGGACAACCUGCUGGGCCAGCACAGCCGGCACCUGUGAAGGACAUUCCCAGGCGGCCACCCCCGAGCAGGCCAGCCCCUCCUGCUCCCAAACCCCCUGUCUCUCAGGAUAUUUCUAGGCCCCAGCCACCCCAAAGAGCUCUGCCAGCUGAUCCUGUCCCAGCUAGACCUAGAGCCUGGCCAGGGAACAGCUCUGCCACCUCACUGCCUCCUGCACAUCACAGAACCCCAGGACGGCUCCAGCCUGCUGCAGAGAACACUGGUGUCAGGACAGCUGGAGCAGUGAACGUCUUCAAAGUGGGACAUCCGGGCUCCCGUGGGCACUCAUGAAGCAGUCUGUUCCUGACCUGCUCUGUCCUUCACAGGGGACUGGACUGCCUUCCUCACCCCAAAAAAUAUUCACUGCCACAGACAGCAUUUUGGUUCCUCUCCUUUAACCUCACCUGUUUCCUAUGUGACUCAAUGAGCUGCUGUCCGGCUUGGCAGGAGCGCGCCCAGGGAUGGUGCUGGUACGUGCCAAGCUGGCCUCAGCGUGCUCUGUGAUGGCCUUUUCCAUGUAGGGAUGACUUGUUUAUACGGUAUUUAAAUAUUGUUGUGCAAUAUCCAAUGCAGGGAUGGGGUGCUGGGGGUUUCACAUGUUUUUAAUCACUUAUUUAAGGGUUAUGAGGAACAACAAGCAUUAAGUGCAAGCGCUGGCCCUGAUGGGCUUGCUUUCAUGUAAGACCCAACCCUUUUGGCUUCCUCAGCCCAUCCAUGCAGCUGCAGGAGCAUAUGUUGGUGCUAUACAGAAACUGCUGCCUCUUGGGAGAGCAGAAGGCAGCUCUUGAUAACUUUCUUCAGCUCAUUCUCAGUUUACAGUGGGUGGUAAGUGGGGCUACGACAGGGAGCAAAACAUGGAAAUAUUCCUGGUUAAUACAAUUUGUGGGGCAUUGUGGAUUUGGAUUAGAUUUAACAGACUGAUUUUUUUUCCCCAUAUAACCAUUUUCAGCAAGAGCAUUGCAAGCUGUCUGUCCUCCAGCACUCACUUGUCUUGCCUCAGUGCUGUAGGACCUGACAGCAUCCCCUGUGCACAGUGGCCUGUGCACCUUCAUCCAUGUCACUGGGACACAGUCAAGGUACGACAGGGAAACCCUGGCCAAGAUACAG